AUGGCCUCAUCGCUUGACAUUGAAAAUUCCUCCCAAGGAGAUACACCUAUGAUUGAUUCCACUAGAAACUCAUCUAUACACCCUGGUGAUGAUGAAGUCGCUGAACGUUCCGCAGAUUACCAAAACACACCUGGCUAUUCGGACUCAGAUACAAAUCCUAAUACCACUGCCAGUAGUGCUGCUGGCGAUGCGGGCGCGCCUGAUGGUCGAAAACGGAGAUCCGAGGCUUUUCAGCUUCGCAAGUCUGUUUUGGGUAAAAAGCAUGGCCGUCUCGAUGAAUCAAAGGUUGAUGAUUCUAUUCGAAGGUUCCGCUAUUUACUUGGACUUACCGACCUCUUUCGACAUUUUAUAGAUGCUAAUCCAAACCCUCGACUAAAAGAGAUUAUGAGUGAAAUAGAUCGCCAAAAUGAAAAAGAAGCAGCAGCCAAGAAAAGCUCAACGCGAAAAGGCGGUGCUAGUGGUGAACGUCGCCGGAGGACCGAGCAAGAGGAGGAUGCAGAGUUAUUGAAAGAUGAAAAACGAGGAGGACCAGCAGAAACCGUUUUUCGAGAGUCACCGACCUUUAUUCAGGGCGGCGAAAUGCGAGAUUACCAGGUAGCUGGCCUAAACUGGCUUAUCUCACUGCACGAGAAUGGUAUAUCGGGUAUCUUGGCAGACGAAAUGGGCUUGGGUAAGACAUUACAAACAAUUUCAUUCUUAGGCUACCUCAGACAUAUGUGCGGCAUUACCGGGCCUCACCUAAUUACAGUUCCAAAAUCUACCCUGGAUAAUUGGAACAGAGAAUUCUCGAAAUGGACACCCGAAGUCAAUGUUCUUGUACUUCAAGGUGCAAAGGAUGAACGUCAUCAAUUGAUCAAUGAUCGUCUGAUUGAUGAAAAAUUUGAUGUUUGUAUUACCUCCUAUGAGAUGGUACUCCGCGAGAAAUCCCACCUCAAAAAGUUUGCUUGGGAGUACAUCAUUGUUGACGAAGCGCAUCGAAUCAAAAACGAAGAAUCAUCUUUAGCCCAGAUUAUUCGUCUUUUCAAUUCCCGAAACCGACUACUAAUCACAGGCACCCCACUGCAGAACAACUUACAUGAACUCUGGGCACUACUAAACUUUCUUUUGCCGGAUGUUUUUGGUGACUCAGAAACAUUUGAUAAAUGGUUUUCCAAUCAGGAAGCCGAUCAAGAUACCGUCGUCCAGCAGCUUCACCGGGUUCUUCGUCCGUUCCUUUUGCGGCGAGUUAAGAGUGACGUUGAAAAAAGUUUACUUCCUAAAAAGGAAGUGAAUUUGUAUAUUGGCAUGUCAGAAAUGCAGGUAAAAUGGUACCAGAAAAUUUUGGAAAAGGAUAUUGAUGCCGUGAAUGGUGCGCAAGGGAAACGGGAAUCCAAAACCAGACUUUUGAACAUUGUUAUGCAGCUGCGAAAAUGUUGCAACCAUCCCUAUCUUUUUGAAGGAGCAGAACCAGGCCCGCCAUAUACUACCGACGAGCACCUGGUUGACAACGCUGGAAAAAUGGUUAUCCUAGACAAAUUACUGAAACGACUGAGGAAUCAAGGCAGCAGAGUGCUGAUUUUCUCUCAGAUGAGCCGUGUCCUUGAUAUCUUAGAGGAUUACUGUGUUUUCAGAGAACAUGCAUACUGCCGAAUUGAUGGCUCAACUGCACAUGAGGAUCGAAUCGCAGCAAUUGAUGAAUAUAAUCGUCCUGGCUCUGAGAAGUUUAUAUUCUUACUGACUACAAGGGCUGGUGGUUUGGGCAUCAACCUUACUACUGCUGAUAUUGUCGUUCUUUAUGACAGCGACUGGAACCCGCAGGCUGACCUGCAGGCAAUGGAUCGAGCUCAUCGAAUUGGUCAAACCAAGCAAGUUGUGGUAUUUAGAUUCGUCACGGAGAAUGCAAUUGAAGAAAAGGUCUUGGAGCGAGCGGCCCAGAAACUGAGGCUAGACCAACUCGUGAUUCAGCAAGGACGAUCUCAGCAACAGGCCAAGAAUGCUGCCUCAAAAGAUGAACUUCUCAGUAUGAUUCAGCACGGUGCAGCUAGUGUUUUUAGCAACACGGCCGCGAAUACCUUUUCAAAAGAUAUUUCAGAAGAUGAUAUUGAUAAGAUUUUGAAAAAGGGGGAGGAGAGAACUGCUGAAUUGAACAAAAAAUACGAAAAACUUGGUAUUGAUGAUCUUCAAAAGUUCACAUCGGACAACGCGUAUGAGUGGAACGGAGAAGAUUUUACCAAUCGCAAGAAAGAUAUUGGUCUCAACUGGAUCAAUCCCGCUAAACGAGAACGUAAAGAGCAAUCCUAUUCCAUUGAUAACUACUAUAGACAAACGAUACCCACCGGGGGUCGGACAGCUGACCCGAAACCUAAAGUACCCAGAGCGCCAAAGCAAAUUCCAGUUCAUGACUGGCAAUUUUUCCCUCCCAGGCUCCGAGAACUACAAGAUAAAGAGACUGCCUACUUUCACAAGGAGAUUGGCUAUAAAGCUGUCCUUCCGGAAGGCACAGAAGAAGACUUAAGCGACAGAGAGGCGGAACGUGAACUUGAGCAGCAAGAAAUCGACAACGCAAUUCCUUUGACAGAGGAGGAGAAAAUAGAAAAGGAAAAGCUAUCAGAUCAGGGAUUUGCCACCUGGAAUCGUCGUGAUUUCCAGCAAUUCAUCAAUGGAUCUGCCAAAUUUGGCAGAAUAGAUUAUGAUGGUAUCGCAACCGAAGUUGACAGUAAAGCUCCAGAGGAAAUCAAACAAUAUGCCAAGGUUUUUUGGAAGAGGUACACUGAGCUCCAGGAUUAUCCCAAAUAUCUUCGUUCGAUUGAACAGGGUGAGGAGAAAGUUCGGAAAAUGAACCAUCAACGCAAACUACUCCGCAAAAAGAUGGAGCAAUAUCGCGUUCCACUUCAGCAAUUAAAGAUCAAUUACAACGUUUCAACCACAAAUAAAAAGGUAUAUACUGAGGAAGAGGACCGAUUUCUCCUCGUUAUGCUUGACAGACAUGGCGUUGAUGGUGAUGGGCUGUAUGAGAAAAUUCGGGAAGAAAUCAGAGAAAGCCCUCUCUUCCGAUUUGAUUGGUUUUUCUUGAGCCGUACACCAGUGGAGAUCAGCCGGCGAUGUACCACUCUACUUAAUACAGUGGCAAAAGAGUUUGAGACCGAUGGAAAAGUACUGAAUGGCGAAACAGGUAAAGGAAGGGGCCGAGAUCGUGAUGACGAUUUGGACAACGGUGAGGCAGACGGGCCUGUCAAGAAGAAAGCCAAGAAUGGCGCUGUGGUAAGUGGUCAUCCGCAAUAUGGAGCCGAGGCAAAGCUGAUAGACACCCUGCAGAAUAAGAAGUUGAAGGCUGUCCAGUCUGUCAAGGGAAGCAAGGCAACCUCUGCUGCAACAUCCAGGGCAGCUAGUGUCUCAUCCAACGCCCCAGCCACGUCUAAAUCAAAGGGCAAAAAGAAAUGA